GAAAUAAGUAUUUUCUUUAGAAUUUGAAUUUGUAUAUUAUCAAUUAAUGGUAUAUCCACAGUCAGAUCUAAUUUGUCAUAAUGUUAGGAUCAAUGACUGAGAAAAAGAAGGUAGGGGGAAAAAUUCCAAAAAUAAAUUAAAACCUGAAGGUGUGAAACAGUUGGGGGCGCUUUCUCCUUAAAAAAGUAGCCGCACACGAGAACCAGUGCCUGGACGCUGCACACAAAACCAGACAAUUCCGUGAGUGCUUAGCAAACAUUUUACAGCCAAACCAAAUUUGCAUAUUACUGUAUUAAAGUACAGGCCAUAAUAUGACUUUGCACUUUAUACAGCAGCUAGCUAGCCAUGCCAAUGUAUAGCAGUUGGCAGUCAGUAGUAUAGCACACUCUUCUGCUGAACCACCUCAAAUCAUACUCUAUGCUCAAAUUCAGCAGACGUCAAAUUUAUCAAUAUUCCUGCAUGAUUGAUUGUAUUUCAGUUGCCAACGAAGUUUAUUGUGAAUCGCUACUGGCACUGACUUGAAGUUGUUGCAUGCACAAGGCGUUUUUUUUUUUUAUCUAACUGGACUGGAGUUUUUUCUCCCCUGUGAAGUGACAGGAUGGGACUUGAAAUUCUUGGUUGUACUGUUGACCCUGUUCUUGUAGCGGCAUACAUAGUUGUUUCUGUGGUGAUUUUGUGGCUGGUAAGGAAAUGGAGUGAUGGGGGAUGGUGCUACAGUAAAGCUCGCUUGGAUGGCAAGACGAUUAUCAUCACAGGAGCAAACACUGGCAUUGGGAAGGAGACAGCAAGGGAUUUCGCUAAAAGAGGAGCUCGUGUCAUUCUUGCCUGCCGAGAUCUCGCCAAAGCUGAGGCAGCGGUGACUGAGAUCUAUAAAGAGACGGGGAGUAACAAUCUGGUUGUACGGAAGCUAGACUUGGCUUCCCUCGCUUCGAUCAGAGCAUUUGCUGAGAAGAUCAAGGCGGAGGAGACCAGGCUGGAUAUUCUGGUCAACAAUGCAGGAAUAAUGAUGUGCCCAGAGUGGAAGACGGAAGAUGGAUUUGAGAUGCAGUUCGGCGUCAACCAUCUCGGCCACUUUCUCCUGACCAACCUCCUCCUGGAUCUCAUCAAGUCCUCCUCCCCGUCCCGCAUCGUCAAUGUGGCCUCGUUAGCCCACAUAUGGGGAAAGAUGCACUGGGAUGACCUGAUGAUGAGGUCAGGUUACGAUGCAUUAUUGUCGUAUGGACAGAGUAAGCUGGCUAAUAUCCUCUUCAGCAAGGAGCUCAGCAAACGCCUUGCAGGAAGCGGGGUUUCGGUCUAUUCUCUCCACCCUGGGUCUGUCAGUACAGAGUUGACCCGUUACUUUAACCACGGUCUGAAGUUCCCGCUGAGAUACAUCUUUAGCAUUAUCACGUCUGCACCUAUACGCAUGCUUGUUUUUAAGUCAGCAGUGCAAGGCGCACAGACGUCCAUCUACUGCUCAGUCACUGAGGAGCUCAAGGAAGUCACAGGGAUGUAUUACAGCGACUGUGCUGAAGUGAAGCCAAAUCGUCUGGCCCAAGACGAGGAGUCAGGAAGGCGACUGUGGGAGGUCAGUGCAGAGUUGGUCGGCCUAGAGAAGAAGAUGGAAUAAACAAUCUAGAAUCAAUCGGAAGACCCACACGGAUUCAACAAGUUUUCUGUAUUGAGGAGGGCACAUGGUAUAGACCUUUAUCACGGUGUGGCCAUAUUGAUUUUACUCCGUUCCAACUCAUUGUAACCAAACUGAGGCUGGA